GGACCGGUAUAAAAGUAAAUUGCGCUCACGUAACGGCCAACUCAUCGCUAAUUCGUCGUCUGAAUCACAUCUCGUAACAAGAAAAUUCUUCUCUCUUUCGUCAAGAUGGUCUCAAUCGCAGGAAAGUACGAGUUUGUCUCGAGCGACAAUUACGACGAGUUCAUGAAGGCGUGUGGUGUCAGUCUCGUAACGAGGACGGUGGCUAACAAGUUGAAAAACCAGGUCGAAUUUAAGGACUUGGGAAACAACAAGUGGAACCAGAAGACCUUCUCAACUUUUAAGGACUUCGAGAUCACUUUCACCCUCGGAGAAAGCUUCGAGGAGCAGACGGCUGAUGGGAGAAAGUGCCAGGCCAUCGUCACCCGUGAAGGCGACACUUUGAUCCACAAGCAACAAUUAGAAGGAAUUGAGACCGUUGUAACCAGAGAAUUUAAGCCAAAUGGUGAACUCGUUUGCACCUUCAAGGCCAAGGACGCCGUGGCGAAGAGGGUUUACAAAAAGGUUUAGAAUUUUAAAAAUUGUAUAAAGUUGAAAUUUAAUAUCGGAAUUAAAUCAUUUGAACAACCAAAAUGUA